AUGGCUUCAACUACGACACCAUCGCAGAAGAGAGACUCGGAAAACCAGCCUAUAAGUCCAGAGCAGGCCACAGGCGAGAGCAGCGAGAAUCCCAAAGAUGAAAUAUCAGAAGAUGAACGCCCACCGCUCCCACCACGCCCGCAGAAGCUGCCCCAAGGACAGCCCACUGCGCACUCGGAUUCCGGUCUAAAUCCUUACUCGACAGCCCAUAAACUGCAGUCAGGACCGACAACCGCUCUGUCAUUGGCAAAUGUCAAUGUCCAGGCUCUAGACGAUGUCAAUCGAGAGAACUAUGUGUCACUGGCUGGAGAUGGAGGCCUUGAAAAGACUGUGAGACCGUCUACCUCAGCCACUAAUAGACGAGGGAGCAGGUUUUGGACCGAGACAGGAGACUCUGCUAGCAUUCGAAGUUUUAUGCCUGGGAGUGAAACCCCGAUAGAAGCUGGGAGCUUAUUUGGCGAUUUCCCUGGAUUUGGAACCGAAAUUCCAUUCAGGAAUACUUCAGCGAGGUUUGAGGAAAAUUAUUCUAUAUUUAAUGCACAAAGUCAAGAAGACGAUGCCGCUGCCAUUGAAUUCGAAGAAGAGUUUGAUUCAGUGGGUGAGUCAAGCGAGGAUGAGAAUGAAGAGCAGAAACUCGAGAGGUGGAGGAGAAAAAAGAAGCAAUUCUUCAUUCUCUCUUCGGCUGGGAAGCCUAUAUAUACGCGCCAUGGAGACGGGGGGCUGAUAUCCCCAUAUAUCGGUAUCAUUCAAACGAUAAUUUCGUUCUAUCAGGAAUCUGGAGGCCCCUUGAAGAGCUUCUCAGCCGGAAAGACCAAGAUCGUGAUUCUAGCUCAGGGCCCGCUGUAUCUUGUGGCCAUCAGCUCAAUUCUUGAAAGUCAGGCCCAUCUCAGGGCACAACUUGAAGCACUAUAUAUGCAGAUACUCUCAACAUUGACUCUUCCAGCACUUGACCAUAUUUUCACUGUUCGACCGAGCUCGGACUUGCGACGGCCGCUCCAGGGAACUGAAUCUCUCUUAUCGUCCCUCGCUGAUAGCUUCACAAAGGGCUCGCCUUCGACGCUUCUGAGCGCGUUAGAGUCGUUGAAAAUCCGAAAAUCGCACCGCCAAGUUAUUAGCAAUACCUUUCUAAAGACUAGAGUUGAACCAUUACUAUAUGGUUUACUAGUCGCAGGUGGAAGGCUUGUGAGCGUCGUUAGGCCAAAAAAGCACUCACUGCAUCCAGGGGAUCUCCAGCUGAUUUUCAACAUGAUCUUUGAAGCCGACGGAAUAAAAGCCGGAGGCGGUGAAAGCUGGAUCCCCAUUUGCCUACCGGGAUUUAACAAUAGAGGCUAUCUCUAUAUGUACGUGAGCUUCCUUGACGUUCAUAAAGGGAGGACAGCCGGUCAAGGUGUCGAGGAGGUGAACAAGGACGACAUCGUGGCCAUCAUCCUAAUUAGCCCUAAUAAGGAGAGUUUUUAUGCUUUGCAUGAGAUGCGGGACUCUCUUGUGGAGCAAAUGGAAAAAAAUGGAAGCAUGGAUGUUCUAAAGGUAGCCCUUGAAAAGGGUCGACCAGCACCAACGGAUAUCGUUCCCGGAACAGUGGUUCGGCACUUCUUGUACAAGUCGAAAGCCAACGUUCAGUUUACGAUGUCAUCCUACUCCCCCCAAUUCAUGACAGUACUUGAUCGGCGAAGGCUUAUGUCCGCAUAUCAUUCAUUGCAUCUCAGUGUUCAUGAAAAGCCCUCACAUGUCAAAGUACAAUAUUGUGUCUCGUCUGCUGCAAACUCACUUGCCUGGGUUACCCCAACGUUUGAACUGUAUUGUGUGGCAUCUCCCCUUUCCAAUCGAAAUGCAUUAUCCCAAGGUGCAAAUAAAAUCGCCCUUUGGGUUCAAAGAGAACAGGAACGGCUCUUUAUCAUUGGCGGAGCAGUUUUCUAA